UUUUUGGGGGGGGGGUGACGUCAGCGGCGCAGCGCGUUGUUGCAGAGUCACUGCGACUGUUUCGACUGUAAACAACGGGGAGAAAAGUCCGGAAUCAGGCCUCAACCUUGGCGCCCUUCGUCCCCGUUGUCACCCACAGCUGGUAUUUAUUCGUUAAUGGUUCCGUGACACGACUCUGUCCGUCCAUGCGCGGUCUUUUCCUAAAGGAACAGGUCGUGUUUUUCUCAGCGGAUAGAGCUAGCCUGUCGAGCUAGCCACUCGGUCCAUUUAGCUUGCCUUAGCUCGUCGUUAGCCUCGCUGGCUACUCCACAUCCGAGGGCCUGUUGCGAGGGAAACACCCUUUAUGCCCUGGGUAUCUCUCUCUUUACUGCGACCAGGAUAUCCUGAACCCUGGGUGGCUGGUCAGAGCGGCCUCCUCCCACCAUGGAGGCAGGAGGGAAGGACUGUGAGGAGGAAACACUGCAGACGGCGUUUAAGAAGCUGAGGGUCGAUGCUGAGAGCGUACCUGGAGCUGUGAGUGUUUCCGAGGCGUUGGCUCCCAGAGUAGCAUCGCGACCUUGUCUCGACGCCAGCGGAGCGAAGCCCAAACUCAGCUGCCCCAAGGACAACUGGCACGGCUGCAUGAGGAAAACCUCCAGAGGAGCGUCCAGAACCCAGCGGCGUCGGCGGUCCAAGUCCCCGAUCCUCCACCCUCCAAAGUUCACCUACUGCAGCGCCGCUGCAGCCUCUGCGCUGUCGACCCCUAGUGGCUGCCUGAAGCAGCAGCGCCUGGCUGUGCCUGAAUCCGUGGAGCCCCGUCCUGCAGUCGAUGGUAGAACAGCCCCAUCUGCUGCUCUCCCGGCCCAGAGCGAGCUCUCCUCCUCGGGCACACCGGGCCACAUCUCCCCCCUGGUGUUUGGAUCUUGUGCUGGGUACGAGACGCAUAUCGGAGCUGUGGUUUCCUCGCCACCGCUAAAAGAGCUCACCGGCGUGAUCACUACCGUCGUGGCGUCGACCAGGCAGGACGGGGGGAGCUCUGGAGAUGUCCCGCCGAGUGAGGAGGAGAAAAGUGCCUGUAACGGAGCAGAGUCUGGAGCCGGAGCGCCUCUGAGAUCCGGACCCAUCGAGGCCGCCGACUUCGGAGCUUUAUCCAAGCUCCAGUGCUCCGUAGACGGCCCGCACACCUCCUGCUCCUGUACCCAGAGGAGCAGCUCGGAUUCCCAGGAGGAGAGCCAGCAGGCGGCUGAAUGUCAGUGCCAGUCACAUCGUCAGGGCUGGCAUGGCGUGGAGGUGUACUCCUUCACGGGGCUCCGCGACGUCAUCUCGGAGUGCGAGAGGAGCCUGCCGAGCCACGACGACGCCACCAGAACUCUCAGUACCAACAGUAACGCCGCCGCAGCUUCCUCAUCAUCGCCUUCGUCGUCAUCAUCGGGCUCCCCUCGCUCGUGUUCGGAGCAGGCACGAGGCUACGUCGACGACAUCACAAUAGAGGACCUUUCUGGCUACAUGGAGUAUUAUCUAUACAUCCCUAAGAAAAUGUCGCACAUGGCUGAGAUGAUGUACACUUAAACAAAGUCUAAAUAUUAUUAUUAUAAUGUCAGAUAAGAUAAAUAAGAUAAAGAGGUUUUUCUUUCUGUUGUUUAGAGAAACGGUGGCCUCCGAGGAACGGAUGAGGCAUGAAAGUUGUAAUUUAAAAUACACAACAUUAACUGAUUUUAACCCUGCCCUCAGUUUACUGACGGAAACACACAACCAACUGUUUCUCUUUAGUUUUCACUUCCUCUCUUGUUUUUUUUGUGCUACAUGGAUGAUUUUUUUUUUUCCUAAUUUAAUUUUCAGUUUACAAAUGAAGUUGCCAAAGCUCUUGGUGCAGGGUCUUGCAGAGGGAGUUAGGAAUAUGCAAACUUUGUAACGCCAAGUGUGAUAAUGUUUGUGGUGUUGUGACCCUGAAAGUCGCCUGUCUGGAUUUCAUUUCCUUGAAUAAAAACACAAAAUGUU